AUGUUCCACGAACUCGCCUCCAUCGUUGUUCAGUUAAAUCGCUAUCUCACCCUUUUCCCAGAAUCGAGCGAGCUGCAAGAGUGCACGCGAACCCUUAUUGAAGAAUACGUCGGCUUUUCAGUCAGCGCGUUCCUCUUCUUCAAGAAAUGGCCGCUAUACAAUUUUCUCAGAUUGUUUUGGUCCACCAUCGACAAGAAGUACCAAGCAGCCAGAUUGAGCAUAGCCAAUCACUACGCCCGGUUCGAGCGAAGCCGCCAGUACACAGUGGACUCGACCUUGAUUGGAAACUCGACCAAGAUCAUUCAGUUGCUCCCCACGGUCGCUGUCUUGCCGGCACUCUCAUCAGGACUUUUCGAGGUUCCUUUUCUUCGGAAUCCGCACUUCUGUGAGAGGGAUGAGGAAAUUGUUCGUAUUUGGACACAUUUGACUCAGCCCAGAACAGGCGACGCCAGUUUUCAGCGUGCUUGCCUUCUACAGGGUCUAGGGGGCGUCGGUAAGACAAGCAUUGCGUUGGAGUAUGCGUACAGGCACCGGGAUAAUUAUGACUUUGUGCUCUGGCUUCCGGCGGAAACGGAUCUUGCAGUGAGCAAUGCUGCAGCAACCAUCUCAAGAAAACUCAAGCUUGGCCCACGCAGCGAAGCUGAAAAAGAGCCGCGACUUGAGGUUGAACGAUUCCGAGCUUGGCUUGAGACUUUAGGCAAACAAUGGCUUCUUGUCCUUGACAAUGUUGAGAAUUUAAGCGCCGUUUCCGCAGUGUGGCCUCGCGUUGACCAGGGCCACUUGCUGCUAACGUCGCAGAGAUCGGACCUGGCCCAAGUUUGUUCGUCAACAAUUGUCGUGAAUACUCUGGAUAAAGCCUCUGGGUCCCGACUUCUACUAAAACAUCUCGCGCUAACACAACCGCCACCAACGUUGUCAUCGGGGCCUGAGCGGGCUAUUGCAUCGUCCAUCGCUGAUGAUGUACAGUGCAAAGCAGAAGCAAUAGCCGCUGAACUGAGCGGUGUUCCACUUGCAAUCACUUUUGUUGCUGGCAUCUACUCCAGUAUGAACUUGGGAGAAAUUUUGAUGGAACUGCAGCAAAACACGUCCUUUGCCACUCUGAUGUCACCCGAAGCCUCUCCAGUCAUAGCCCAUUACGACAAACCUUUUGGAAUAACAUGGGACACGGCUCGAAAGCAACUUUCAUCCAAAGCCCUUCUACUUGUCCAGACUUUGGCCAUGUUGAGUCCGACAGGGGUCUCGGAAGACGUCAUCCUCGCUGGCGACCCGCUCUCAAAUCUAUCAAUGUUUGGUCUUGGCUCUAAAUCCCAGUAA